AGCUUUUGAAUGAGCGUCAAAUGAUCCCUUUUAAAUCCAGAUCCAGUUUUUGAAUGGCGUAUCUGCCAACUCAUCUGAGGUAUUUAUGAACCGAUAUAAGAGCAAUUUUGAAUAGUGAAGGUAUACAGUGUUGCCAAGACAUUUCACAAGCUGAUUGUUCUGUGCGGUGGGGACUGCUUUUCUUGCUUGCGCGUUGUUUGCUGCCUAUAACCACUUGACGCCUUUUCUAUUCUGCACAUUUUUCACAUUCUCCAAAAGCUCUACCGUCAUGGACGAGUCAACAAAGUCAAUAAAAAACACCAAUACAGACGAAUUUACCCCGCGGGUAUCUUUGCAUUAUCACGAGGCUAGAUCGAUGAGGCGGCGUAGACUGGAAAUGCUUCGUCGUUCAAUCAUUUAUGCCGGCAUUGCCGGACUUGUGGCCUGGCUCUUACUGGGCUACUUUACUGACUGGACUGGGGUGGUUGCCCGGUGUUCCUCCUCUAGCGGCCACCGUACAGGACUCUGGGAUAUUAAAUGCACCAAAAAAUGCUCUGAACAGUUUGAGUGGGAUGAUGUGACGCCAACUCGUCAUCUGAUCUAUCAUUCGUGCUACGAUGGUCUGGAAUGUGCUCGUCUUGACGUGCCUAUGGACUGGAACCGCACCGAUGGGAAAGGAGCGCGUGUAGCCAUUGCAAUUGUCAAAAUACCCGCCAAGGUGCCAGUAACUGAUUCAAGGUAUGGGGGGCCGGUUUUGAUCAAUCCAGGUGGACCUGGGGGUUCCGGAACAUAUCUAGCCAUUCGAUCAGGUCGGGACAUCCAAACAGUUGUCGACGCCGCCGAAUCCCCAAGCCAAAUAACAACAAGCUCCUCACUCUAUUAUGAUAUCAUAGGCUUUGACCCUCGAGGUGUCAAUCUAACUACUCCUCAUUUCUCCUGCUUUCCUGAUGCGUUCUCAAGGCAGGUCUGGCAAACGCAAUUGGAAGCAGAGGGCAUUAUUGGUGAAUCCAAAGACCUCUCAAAUGUUCUUUGGACUAGGGCUAAGGCACUUGGCGAGGGCUGUUCUCGCUCUAUGAUUAACGGCGAAGAUGGAAAUAUCAAAAAUUUCAUGAAUACAUCACCCGUGGUAAGAGAUAUGGUCGAGAUCAUUGAACGCCAUGGAGAAUGGCGUGAGACGGAAGCCAGACAUUAUUUGGCCAACUCAGGGACGCGAUUGUCUCUCAAGGACCAGAGCAUGGCUUCCAGCAGAGAGGCCAUCCUGGAACGGACGCGUUGGAGAAAGGGUGAAGAAAAGCUCUUGUACUGGGGUUUCUCCUACGGAACGGUGAUUGGCGCUACGUUUGCUGCAAUGUAUCCUGACCUCGUUGGAAGAGUCGUGAUCGACGGCGUUGUCGACACGCCGGACUACUAUCAAGGCGGCUGGCUUCAUAACCUCCAGGACUCCGAUCUCAUCGUCGAUAAAUUUUGCGAAUAUUGCUCUAAAGCUGGCCCAGAUCACUGUCCGUUCUAUACGGAAGGGGGAGCUGAAGGCGUUAAAACCCGGUUUGAGCGUGUUUUGUCGUCGCUCAAAAAGCAGCCUAUUGGGGUACCAGCCAACGCUGCGGAAGGCGCCGAGAUUGUCACCUGGACAGAUGCUAGGGUUCUCAUUAUGAAUUCCCUAUACGUUCCUUAUGAACAGUUUCCAGUCGUCGCCCAAAUCCUAUUGGAGACUGAGCAGGGAAAUGGUACUUCCUUGGCAAGAAUCAAGCGCAGCAGAAGAUCGCCCGCCUGUCCCAAUACUGAAUGCCGCCGCGCCGAACCUUAUUCUCAAUGGUGUAUGCGGCCCGGAGAAAAUAAUUUUGAAGUUAAAGCAGGUAUUCUUUGCACUGAUGGCGAGAGUCUGCUCGAUGAUACAAGGGAGGAUUUUGAAUCAUAUCUGAGUGAGCUGCGUCGUCAGAGCAAAUGGGUAGGAGAUAUCUGGGCACAUAUCCGACUGGAGUGCGUUGGGUGGGAUCCGCGGCCAAAGUGGAGAUUUACUGGUCCAUUCGGUGGCAAGACGGCACACCCAAUGCUAGUGAUCGGUAAUACGCUCGACCCAGUCACGCCUCUCCGCAACGCUUUCAAUGUCUCUUCUCGAUAUGCCAAUUCAGUUGUCCUUCAGCAAGAUUCCGAAGGUCACUGCUCUUUGAGCGCACCGUCACUAUGUACUGCCAAGACUGUGCGUAACUAUUUCCAAACAGGAGAGCUUCCUUCCCCAAAAACAGUUUGUGAUGUCGAUGCAAGGCCAUUGUUAGGCACUGGUAAAGAUGAAUGGAGAGGUGAAAGCAAAGUCAAGUCUUGGGAAGACACUGUGCUUCUCAACACUUUGAAGAGACUUAUGAAGUCAGUUUUCUCCGGGUAAACCGAGUCCUCAGCACAAAGAUUACAGCGCAUUAAAGGGAGAAAAGCACAGCAAGCGGAGUAUUCUGGGCAUUGCAUUCUUUAGCCAGCAGUCGAUUAUGCGUGGCUUUAUAUAUUAGCUGUGGCCCAUAUACAUACAUUUCAACUUCUAUAUUUGCUACGCAUUUAUGGGAAUGAGCCUCUACAAUUGAAGUUUGUCGAUGAAUCUGAACGAGCCAUUGAAACAAUUAUGACUCCUGCAGUGGAGAGUUUAGGAUAGAGAGCUGUUUGAUCGAAUGCACUGACAAAAAGACACAAGCGGAUGAAAAACUACUUUUAGGAGAGGGGGC